AUGGGAGGACCAUCGUCCCAUGACCACGACCACGAUCAACACCAACACCAGCAGCAGCACCAACACCAAGAGCACUCACAUAGCCAUGAUCACGACCAUGAUAAUGGCCAUGGACACGGACACGAACAUAGUCAUGAGCAUGGGGAUCACUACGAAGACGACGAUAUACAUGAGGAAACACUGCACUUUCAUAAGAUCAUCAAAGCCUUCUCACAGUACAAAUCCAGCGCCAUGUAUGCGAACCAUCGUCGACGAACAGAUUUCUAUUCCCUGCCAGAGCGGCAGCAGAAGUUGCUGCCUUCAUAUCUGGAGAGGAUGGAGAAGGUGGACGAAGCGAUCGAAGCCAACUACGAAAUCAUUAAGAUUAUCUGCGAAGACCAGCAGAUCUUCCUGGAUAUGAGUGAUAGGGCCAAGAACGCAGCAGCGCUUCGCAUUCGGCAACAAGAUAUGGAGAAGGUUCAAGGGACCAUCAAGCAGUUCGUGCGCGAUUGGAGUACAGGCGGCAAACCCGAGCGUGAUGCCAUCUACGCGCCCAUGAUCCAAGAGCUCAAAUCUCGAUUCGCCUCCGUCCCCGUUGACCAACGUGGGCAAAUCCACGUCCUCGUCCCCGGCUCCGGGCUUGGUCGCCUAGCCUUUGACAUCGCCCACGAAGGCUUUAGUGCGCAGGGCAAUGAGUUCUCAUACUACAUGCUUUUGGCCUCGAAUUUCGUCCUCAACAAGUCCUCCCGCGUGAACCAGUACAAGAUCUAUCCCUAUAUUCACUCGUUCUCGAAUAUUGUCCGGCCAGAGGAUGUGUUGACGGAGGCAUGGAUCCCGGAUGUGGACCCGACAGAGAUCCCUCGAGGCACGGAUUUUUCCAUGGUCGCGGGCGACUUUUUGGAGGUCUAUGGGCAAGAAGAAGAGAACUUUGGCAAAUGGGAUGCGGUGGUUACGUGUUUCUUCAUCGAUACCGCCAAGAAUAUCGUCAACUAUUUGGAAACGAUCCACAAGAUCCUUAAAAAAGGCGGCAUAUGGAUCAACGCAGGACCUCUGCUUUGGCAUUUCGAAAAUACGGCGCACGAGAUUUCGAUCGAGCUGAGUCUUGAGGAGGUCAUUGAGCUGGCCAAGACGAUUGGGUUCAAGUUUGAGGUACAGGGAACGAGAAAGAGCACGUACAUGGCGAAUCCGCACGGUAUGCUGAAGUACGUCUACGAAUGUGCUACAUGGACAGCCGUCAAGAUCUAA